AACUGUCAUCAAGGUCAAAAUCUUAUCAGAAAAUUUAUUUUUGCAUUUUUCUUUAAAAAAAUAAUAAAUAAAUUACUUUAUUUUCUUGUAAAAAGUGAUAUAAAAAAUUAAUUGCAUUUACCAUACGAAAAUGUCUUGUUAUGCAUGUACACGAAAAUAUGGAUUAUUCUGCAAAGAGUCAGGCUGUGCCAACUGUGGAUAUUCCUUUUGCCUAAAGUGUCUUAAAAAAGAAAUUGAAGUUCCUCGUCGGAAUAAUCAAAAACAAAAAGUAUGCUUGCGAUGCUAUGAGACACUACAUUAUGCAGCAACAACAAACACUGAGCCUGCAGCGAACUUUGGAAAUCUCAAUGCCAAAUCAAAACAAACCAAAAUUGAACCUAAUGAAAUAUUUCAAAUAACUGAUCCCAUAAUCUCAUUAGGACCUAUUCUCGAGCCUAUUUCUUCAACUAGCACCGCCGCAUCGUCUUCUUCGUCAAAUCUAAAUAUAGACUCUGAUGAAAUAACUGAAAACUUAGAUUUAGAAAUACAAAGAAGACUCAAAGGACUCAAAGGAGACGGCACCAAUGAUCCUUUAAAUGAGGAAAAUCUUCGUUUGCGUUUAUGUAAUCUUCAAGGAUUCAAGCCGAAAGAGUAUUCGAAGAAAGAUAUUCUUCUUUCGACGGAUCAACGAACUGAACAGGAGAAGAUAAAUGAUCUUCUUAAACAGUUUGUUGAAGAAAAAGAUAUUGAUUCUCAUGGAGAAGGAGCAAAUAGUGAUCCUAUAUCAGAUAUUGAAAGACGUUUGGCGGCGUUGAGGGAUUCAGAAAUUUCUGAAACGAGUAAAAAACCUUCGCCCGAUACAAAUACUCCAAGUGACAACGAAGAAGACGAUGAAACACUACUCAAGAACAUAAUUCAACGAUAUGUCGAUGAAGUUCGAUUACCUACAACAGCAAAUACUGGCAGUGAUCUACUUUUAACAGAAGAAGACCAAGCACAACCCAGCCAAUCUGCUGCAACAAGAGAAGCUACUGAAGAACUUCCUUGGUGUACAAUAUGCAAUGAAGAUGCUGCAUUACGAUGUCAAAGCUGUGAUGGUGAUUUAUUUUGUAAAGAUUGUUUUAAAGAGUGUCAUCAAGAUGAUGAAGAAUGGCGUGGCCAUAUAACUCAGCCAUUCAGCAAGCCACCAACAUUUAAAGAAGAUCACUUUUAAUCUUAGUUGUAUUUAUAUUUAUUCUUUGUUAUAAUUUAUUUAA